GCUUUAAAUUCAAUCAGCACUGAAUCACCUGUCACUGUGCUGCUGACUGCCUGCCAGUGUGCAUUUUCCUGUCUUUAUAUCUACUAUUGUAAGAAAGAAACUUCUGGAAAGAUGACAUCUGAGAGGAGCGAAACUAUCUAUAAGGGAGUGGACCUCCAAUGCAAGACCAACAACACUGAACACCACACCAGUGAAAUCUCAGUGGAUCAGCUGAUUGUGAGGCGAGGCCAGCCCUUCACCCUGACCCUCGAACUCACACAAUGUUUCAACCCUGACCUUCACCCGCUCAGCAUCGUCGCAAAGACAGGAAAACAUCCGUCCUAUGACCGAGGGACGCUGUCAUUCUUCGGUGUCCCAAAUACCGCCAACUGUUCACCAUCAGCAAAGGCAGUGUGGAAGAUAGAGCUUCACAAGAGCUCCUCCCCCAAAACAGGCCUCUUGAACCUGAUCAUUACCCCCCCGGCUGACACCCCCAUAGGGGAGUACUUGAUGCAUGUGACACACAGGAAUCAGGAAAUGUUGCUGGCAAAGCCGGUGGUGCUCUUCAACCCCUGGUGUCCCGAUGACUGGGUGUUUCUGUCUGAUGUGGCGCAGAGACAGGAGUAUGUGAUGAAUGAACAUGGAAUCAUCUACAAAGGAAGUGGAAACUACAUCUCCCCUAUGAACUGGGACUAUGGACAGUUUGAGGACAACAUGGUGGACAUUUGUAUGAUGAUAUUGGACCUCAACCAGAAAUGCCUGAAUGACCCAGCUAGUGAUGUUUCUGCUCGCUGUAACCCCAUCUACGUCAGCCGCGUGGUCAGCGCCAUGAUCAACUCUCAAGACGACCGCGGUGUCCUGCAGGGAUGCUGGGGAGAUUUCUAUCCGGGCGGGGUCUUACCCUCUCAGUGGAAUGGCAGUCACGCCAUCCUUAAAAGCUGGUUUAAAACCAACUGCCAGCCGGUCAAGUACGGGCAGUGCUGGGUGUUCGCCGGAGUCAUGUGCUCAGUGCUGCGCCUGCUGGGCAUCCCCUGCCGUGUGAUCACCAACUUCGAGUCAGCCCACGACAACAACAGCAAUCUGAUCAUCGACGUGUACCAUGCCGACUACGGAGUCAGAGAGAAAAAAUCCAAUGAUAGUAUUUGGAACUUCCACGUGUGGGUGGAGGCGUGGAUGAAGCGGCCAGACCUGGCUAAGGAUGGCAAAUAUGACGGCUGGCAAGUUGUGGAUCCAACACCACAGGAGAAGAGUGAUGGUGUUUACUGCUGUGGUCCAGCCCCAGUCAAAGCCAUCCUGAACGGAGACGUAGACCUCAAAUAUGACAUCCCAUUUGUCUUCGCCGAGGUCAAUGCCGACUGCAUUGACUGGCUGAUCAAAGCUGAUGGUUCAAAAGUGAAAAUCUGGUCUGACACCAAGAGAGUCGGUCAGAACAUCUCCACCAAGUCUGUCGGCUCCAACAUGAGGAUGGACAUCACCGACACUUACAAACAAAGAGAGGGAUCAACGGAGGAGAGGUCUGUCUAUAAUUACGCCGUCACCAGACUCGAGAAUGGAGGGGCGGAGGUGAACGAGGGCCCACACUGCCCUUCACUGCCGCCAGUGUCCAUACGAUUUGAAGAGGUGUCCAAACCGAUGGACGGUAAGGAUGUGAGCCUGAAGCUGGUGCUGUGCACUCAGGGCAGUGCUGCCAGGCCGCUGACUAUCAACAUCAGCGUCCAAGCCAUGAGGUACAACGGCUCACCAUCUGUGACCAUCAAGACUGAGGUGAAGGAGGAGACACUGCAGCACGGGAGAGAUCUGUCCAUCCCUAUCCUGGUCCCGUUCUUGGCCUACCAUAAACACAUGAUGGAGUGUGACAGCAUGAAGGUUUCAGCCUUGGUCACGGACAAACAGAAGCCAAAUAACACAUACCUGGCUCAGUAUGAUGUUGUGCUGCUUGACCCUCCCAUCUCUGUCACCGUUUCCAGUUCUGCCAGACUGAACCAAGAGGCAUCUGGGGAAGUGGUUUUCAUGAACCCGGUGGACGAGACGCUGAAGGACUGCACUCUGACUCUCACUGGAAGUGGCCUAUUGAAUGAGGAUAUUAAAGUCAAGCUUUCGGAUCUGAAGGCAAGCAACCGAAUACGCGUCGCGUUCUUCUUUUCCCCCUACAAGACUGGACAGAAGACUCUCGUGGCUCACUUCAACUGCUCCACCUUCAGAGACGUCAAGGGUAGCUGCAGUGUCUUUGUCAGGCUGUAACUUCUCAGUAUCGCCGAGUAAGAGUCGUUUACGUUUACUCAGAAGUAAAAUGUCAGAUUUAUACCUCUUUAUGAUACAUAGGCCUACGUACACCUACAUUUCAAAGUUUUUACAGUUGCGUAGCUUAAGAAAUCACCCUUACAGGAUCUAAGAUAUAUCACCUUUGGUGCUCAAUACAUUCAGUACAUUCCUGGAAUUAUUUGCUUUCUCUUAUUGCUUCUACAUCUGCACUUGUUUUUUACUUUUUUGGUGAAACUUCUUGGCUUCCUCCAGUGAUUUUCAAAAAGAAUAAGCAUGUUGUUUUCAAUCAAAUGUGGGUGCAAGGUGUAUAAAAAUAGCCAGCUAUACAACUUACAGCUGUGAUUUUUAGCGUUCCAGUACGUCUUCAAUAUGCUCAACCCCUGACAGUCGAGCGAUUAGCAUGCAUGAAAGUUGGCACUGAAAAGUUUUUAUAUUACUCCUUCGCAGUGGAUGGCAGCUGCAGUCAUCUUAGAUUUACACGAGUCAGUCGAUCAUACAGAUUGGAACCAAACCUCCAGGUUAGCCAACUUGAUUAGGAAGAGUCAAGAAGGCGAACGGUAGUUGUGCGCAGUUUUCCUGUCCAAUGAGGGAUUUUUACCAACAUUUCAGAUGUGAUCACUUUCUAUUCUACCUCCAGAUAAAAUGGUUUAGAUAAUCUGGAUUAUAUCUGGAUAUAAUCUGGGUUGUUUACAACCUGUCUGAUCGUCUGACUGCUCAUGUUUGUUGCCCUGUUGGACUUUGCUGUAGUGAUGUUGCUUUGUUCCCAGAUCUCAGCAAUUUGCGUAGUUGAGUACAAUGUUGCCCAAAGCUGAGAAAACAACAGCCAAAUUGUAAUAAACCAGAAGUGUCCUUCGAAACCUGCAAUGUUAACAUACCUACAUUGGUCACUUAAGUAUCAGACAAUGGUAUCAGUGGUAUUUGCUUAAAUAAAUAUAUAUAUAUAAGGUCUGAGUUAGAGACCAACUGACACUGAAUGGUUGAGGCUGAUACUGAUAACUAUUAUAGAUUGUCUUCAGGAUCUUUAGCAUUAACAAGUGACGAUCCUUCCGAUUUGCUUACCAAAGAUAUGCAGUGGAAGCAGGGUAUUUUGCACUCUUCACAAAUAUCUCAAUUCUGAUGCUGCACCGCAUCAGAAUUAUAUAGAGAGCUUAUAGAGAGCAUCAGCGUAGUGCUGUACGUAUAAAUGACUUUAUAUGUACUUUUUCACAUUUCACUUUUUAUGUCAGUUUUGUACACUGAUAUUAAAAUAUGUAAAAAACCGUAUUAGCCCACUGUACAAUCAGACUGGUGGUGACACCUCAGGUACAAACUCUUAUCAGGAAAUGUCAAAUUGAAAGUUUACAUAGCAGAAGAAUGCAGCUAAACCUGAUACACCCACACACCCACAACUGUUUUCUCAGUUCGUGGGUCAGGGUCCAAUUUAACCUGCAGUCUUCUAAACUCUUAGCUUUAACUGCACCAAAAAAUCAAUCUGUUAUUUCUCUACACAUGCUUGUUCCUGCUCCUGGAAGGAAGUGAGGUGGUGUUAAAGUGUCUCCUUGUGGCUAAAAAAAAAGAAAGAAAAAAAAAAGAGACCACAUGCUGUGUAAACUGGACUGUAUCUUGUCAGUUUUAUUUGCACUGUUUUAUGUUUUUAUUGAAUAUGUCAGCAAUGCGCACAAAUAAAAUGUUUAUUGAAA